GCUAUUUCAUACUAUUAUCUUGAAUUCUUCUUUUACCCAAGAAUAGAUCUGCUUUCUCUCUCUUCUUUUUCUCACUAUUAUUACUACUACAAGUAGUCACCUCAAAAGGGGUGACACCAAAGACCUCAAGCUAUUUUCUCAUAUUUUUGUUUCUCUACUUUGGUAUGUAUUCUGAAAUAAAGCUAACUUCUUUCAAGAACGCAACAAAGAAAUGGCAAAUUGAGGAAUGAAAAGAAGAUGGGGAGGAAAGGAAGCUGGUUUUCUUCUGUAAAGAAGGCUCUGAGCCCUGAUCCCAAGGAAAAGGCAGACAAGAAAGCAAGUAAAUCCAAGAAGAAAUGGUUCGGGAAAGAAAAGCAGACGCUCCCCAAUUCUUCGACUGUGGUGACCGCCACAGUGUCGCCUCCUCGUCCUGCCCCUCCUGUGGAAGAGGUCAAAUUUGAUGAAGUGGAAGAGGAGCAGACAAAACAUGCUUAUUCGGUCGCAGUUGCCACAGCUGCUGCUGCUGAAGCUGCUGUUGCAGCUGCCCACGCUGCUGCAGAGGUUGUUCGAUUAACUACAGUGAACCAAUUCGCUGGCAAAUCAAAUGAGGAAGUAGCUGCAAUCCGAGUUCAGACUGCCUUCCGAGGUUAUCUGGCGAGGAGGGCAUUGAAGGCCUUAAGGGGACUCGUCAGACUCAAAUCACUCGUUGAUGGAGCUACUGCCAAACGACAAACUGCAAAUGCUCUCAAAUGCAUGCAGGCUUCAUCUCGUGUUCAAUCUCAGAUUAGUUCUAGAAGGAUCAGGAUGUUGGAGGAGAACCGAGCUCUCCAGAGGCAGCUUAUGCAGAAGCAUGCGAAAGAACUCGAGAGUUUGAGGAGAGGAGAGGAAUGGGAUGAUAGUCUACAAUCACAGGAGCAGGUUGAAGCUAGCUUGCUCAGCAAAUAUGAAGCUGCAAUUAGACGAGAAAGAGCGCUUGCAUAUUCAUAUUCUCAUCAGCAAACCUGGAAGAAAUCGUCAAGAUCUGCCAAUUUGUUAUUCAUGGAUCCAACGAAUCCUCAGUGGGGUUGGAGCUGGUUAGAGCGGUGGACGGGUGCUAGGCCUUGGGAAACUCAAAGCUUAUCUGAGAAAGAACGUAAAAAUGAUCAGAUGUCUGUUAGAAGCAUGAGCAUUACUGGAGGAGAAAUUGCCAAGGUGUUUGCCCGUCAUCAGCUGAAUUCUGAACUCCCUUCAUCACCUACUACUCCUUCGAAGCCAAGCACUUCAGUAACAGCGAGAAAGCUGAAAUCAGCAAGCCCAAGAGUUAGUGCAAUAAACCAAGAUGAUGAUGAUGCUCGAAGCAUGUUUAGCGUGCAAUCAGAACGGAACAGGAGGCAUAGCAUUGCAGGGUCAUCCAUACGAGAUGACGAGAGCUUGGCGAGCUCUCCCUCAGUCCCAAGUUACAUGGCCUCUACGAAGUCUGCAAAAGCAAAAACACGGUUGCAGAGUCCUUUAGGCGUAGAGAACGGAACACCAGAAAAGGGAUUGGCAGGGCCUGUGAAGAAGCGGCUCUCUUAUCCACCUUCACCUGCCCGGGCAAGGCGGCAUUCAGGCCCACCAAAGAUUGACAACACCUCAUUGAACACCUCCAUUGCUGAGGAUAAUGUGUAUGUUGUCGUCAACUAAUAAGCGACCCUACCAACACCCUUCUGGCUUAUUAUAGGUAUGCAUUAAAAUGCCAUUCAUUGUGCAGCCUCAACUGCACCAUAAAAUUCUUAUUAAUUCAUUGCUGUACGGGCUUGCCCUGGAUGGUUCUUGCUUUUCAUUUUACUUUCUCCCACGGUUGUUGAUGAACAGAGAAAUGCAUAGUUGUGAAUCAUUUUAGACAAGAUUUCCUUGAUUGUGAUUACAUAUAAUUGUUUCUUUUUAUUUAUGUACCCUAAUAGUGAAAGAAACAAAAAUAUUACUAUUUCUUUGUUGACUCAA